CGUGCGCCGGAUACCACCGCCCGCGCUGCUGUGGACCCCUGAGGAGAGGCACUGGGGAACGGUGGCGGUGCUGCCGCGAGCUCCGCGGGCGGACGGCAGGCGGCCGGAGCCAUGUUGGGCAGCGGUGCCAGGGCGGCCAAGCCCUCCUUCGUGUCCUACAUCAGCCCUGAGGAAGUACACAUAAAGGAACCCAUAGAAAAAGAAGUAAAUCCUCACUUAUUACCAGGUGAACUGCUGCUUUGUGAGGCAAGCACAGUAUAUAAAUAUAUACAAGAAGAUGGCUCAAACCGUGGCACCUAUGGAAAACUUGUGUGCACAAACUUCAAGAUUGCUUUCCUUGAUGAUUCUGCUUCAGAUGAUAAUGAGCCGCAAUUUAAGAAUAAGAUUGUAGGAGAAAAUGACAUAACCCUUCAAUGUGUAGAUCAAAUCUAUGGAGUUUAUGAUGAGAAAAAGAAACUUCUAACUGGACAACUGAGAAAAUACCCAGAGAAGUUAAUUAUCUACUGCAAAGACCUUAGGGUAUUUAAUUUCUGCCUGAGAUUCACAAAAGAAGAGGAAGUGAAAAGAAUUGUCAGUGGUAUACUUCACCAUAGCCAGACUCCUAAGCUGCUUAAACGCUUGUUUCUGUUCUCUUAUGCAUCAGCUGCCCCAAAAAACACAGAUGGAAGAAACCAAACUGUAAUGUUUGAUACUCUGGAGGACUGGCGUGAUGAAUUGGAGAGGACCAAAGGGAAUGUGAAAUACAAAGUAGUGACUACCAAUGAAGGAUACAGAGUCUCUGAAAAGCUACCUUUGUAUUUUGUUGUUCCCAUAUGUGUUUCUGAAGAGAGUAUCUUGAAGUAUGAAGGCAGAGGCAUUCCUAUCUGGUGUUGGUCUUGCCAUAACGGUGCUGCUCUUCUCAAAAUGUCUGCAUUUCCCAAAGAACAGGAUGACAUCGCUUCACAAACACAAAAAGCCUUCUUGGAUGGAAUCUAUAAGACAAUUAGCAAACCUCCCUAUGAACUCCUGAAGAUGGAUGACUUGUCAAGCAGCCUUCCCUCUCUGCAAGAUAUCCAGACAGCAUACACAAAAUUUAAACAACUGUUUUUGAUAGAUAACAGUACAGACUUCUGGGCAACUGAUGUGAAAUGGUUUUCAUUACUGGAAAGCACAAACUGGCUAGAGAUAAUCAGGCGAGUUUUGAAGAAAGCAAUAGAAGUUGCUGAGUGUCUGGAAAGACAGCAGACAAAUGUUCUCCUUAUAGAAGAGAGCGCUACUGAUCUGUGCUGUGUAAUCUCUAGUCUGGUUCAAGUGAUGAUGGAUUCAUACAGCAGGACAAAGUCAGGGUUUCAGAGCCUUAUUCAGAAGGAGUGGGUAAUUGGAGGACAUGGCUUUUUGGAUCGUUGUAACCACUUACAUAAAAGUGACAAAGAGGAGGCUCCUGUUUUUCUGCUCCUGCUAAAUUGUGUUUGGCAGUUGGUACAACAGUAUCCUCCAGCAUUUGAGUUCACGGAAACUUACUUAACUGUCUUGUCAGACAGCCUUUAUGUGCCUAUUUUUAGCACUUUCUUUUUCAACUCGCAACAUCAAAAAGACACUAGUGCGAGUGGUGAAAGCCUCAAGACACAAAGCGGUCCUUUCAGAUUUCUUACUGUGUGGGACUGGUCUGUGCAGUUUGACCCCAAGGCCCAGGCUUUCCUGAACAACCCUUUUUAUGCAGAGAAGCCAAAACCGGAUAAAAGUCAACGGAAAACUGCACGAUUCAAACAUCAGCGACAACUUUCUUUGCCACUAACACAAGCAAAAACUUCCAUGAAGAGAGGAUUUUUCAGGGAGGAAACUGAUCACUUAAUUAAAAACAUUCUGGGUAAAAGAAUUGGCAAGUUCAUAAAUUCUUCAGAUGAACUUCCUAAUAGUUUCAGGGAAUUUUAUGAUAGCUGGCAUAGCAAGCCUGUUGACUAUCAUGGUCUUCUGUUGCCUCGCAUCGAUGGCCCUGAAAUCAAAGUCUGGGCACAACGGUAUUUGCGAUGGAUUCCUGAAGCCCAGCUUCAUGGUGGUGGUACCAUAGCUACAACUGCCAAGAUUUUGGACUUGAUGGAGGAAGUGCAAAGCUUGCAGGAGAAAAUGGAUGAACAACAUAGUCAAGCUGUUUCUGGAGAUGUACAUUCUGUACCAAUGCUGAGAAAUUCUGCCCGUCUGUCAUCCUUGUUUCCAUUUGCUUUACUUCAGAGACAGUCUAUCAAACCAGCUCUACCCACCAGCACCUGGAAAGACUUGGAAGAUGAAGAUGACUUGGUCAAGAGGGAUGAUGAAUUUGUUGAUCUAAGUAGUGAUAUGUCAUAAAGUGCUUAAAAAUUGAAACUAUGAAUUGUAUAUGGCUGAGCUGUAAAUUUUAAAUGUUGGGCUGUAUCUUCCUAUAAGGAUCUCACUCAAGCAUCUGCAGCCUGGUUUUGGGGUUAAAAAAAACUAGGUUGGAAAGAACUAAUUGCCAUAAUUAGCUGAGCAUAUUUUGAACUUCCAUUUCACUCCAACAGUAUUUAUUGUGGAAACACUUUUUCAGCAUAACUGUGAUAAAACCAGAAGUCUAGGCUGAAGUAGCUGUAUGGACACUUCAUUAAAAAAAUGAACAAGCAAAACCCCCAUUAUUUUCUGAUGUAAAGGUGGAAUACUAAAUACAUACAGCAACAGUCACUGUCUUAACAUAAAACAUCUUCCCCUUAUGCCAAGAGUACUAGGGCUGGAAUUACUGUGACUAGGAAUGUAAUGCAUCUGCAUUUCUCCUCAUGUAAAAUACAUGGGGAAAGUGCAACUAAAUAUGCAUUCAAAAAUAAGGUUUUUACAGCUGAGGUUUUUACAUAAACUAGUGUUUGUAAAACAUAAAACACCAGGGGUUUUUCAUCUACUGUGGCAUCAGCUGAGGUCCUGUGCGUGCCAACAUCUUUUCUGACAGCAUUCAUCUUCGGCUUGCAGCACUUCUCCUUGUGUGGUAUUAUAAUGGCAGCUUGGCUCUCUAAGCCUGUGCAUGCACUUAGCUUAAGGAUCAAAUGCAAGAGUUUAACUACUCAUUUCAAGUCUUAACUCUGGCUGCUGUGCUAUAUGCCCUUGCUGCCUUGGAAUAUUAUGUCCCAAAUGUUUGCUGUUAAUUGUUUAAGUGUCCUGACUGUGAGGUUCUAAUUUGCUAUGAGUAUUUUUUCCUCCUUCUAAUAGAGUGAGACUUUCAUUUUGAUUUUUCCCUGUUUAUGCCAGUUGCCUUGGAGGCUUUCUGUAGCUUGCACUGAGACUCUCCACAGAGCAGGGAAGACUUUUUUUUCCUGUGAUCCUGCAGUGAAGCUGGAUUUGCAGCCUGUUGCCACUUGUCAUGAGUUGGCGUUAUGAAUGUGGUGUUCAUAUCAUAUGAACCCUUGUAUCCUGUUGCUGGAUGUUGUAACAGUACCUCAGUGAAAAAAGCCAUAAAGAAAUGCCUGUUGACUUCUAUCUACUGUGUAUAUGUCUAUAGAUAAAGUAUUUUUACUGCAGAUAAUCGUCCUUUGUAAAGCUGAAUAUUAGUUGACUGUUGUUUCUAUUUUGAACCCUUAAAUUCUAGAGUACCCCAAGAAUGGAUGCAAGUCAUAAAAUCAGUUACACUGAAAGGCUAGUCAUUGAAUACUUCUAGAAAUCUAUGCUGGAAAACUUAGCUGGUAGAGAAACUGUUGCUUAAAUUGGAUCAGCUCAGUGUGAUUGGGGAUAUUAAACUAUGUUACUGCUUAAUCAUUUCACACUGAGUUGUGUCACUAUGUAUAGCAAAAAUGUAUCAGCGGGCCUGUAAAAGUGAAUUUAACAUGUUAAAAUAAAUGUAUUAAUGGGGAAAGGGGAAGAGCUUAAUGCAACUAUGCCAAACUGAAGCUUCUGAACUCUUGAUUGCCUUAAUUCUUAGUAGAGCGAGGACAAUACUUGAGUUUGUAGCAUUUUACUUAAACAUACACUAGUACUUACUCUUUGUUCUGUGAUACACACAAUCUUACAGAUAGCAUUUGCUAGAUUGGGCUGUCCAGCAUAUGUUCUUCAGAUUUUGUUAUUGUAGUUCCACUGACUCAUGUAUGCAAUCAUACUUUGUAUACUGAAUGAGCAAUGCAUUUUUAUGGUGAAAUAAUACCAUUCUAAGUUCAUUUGGGUUCAAGGUUUAAACACUGCCAUUAAAAAAAAUAAAAGUAAAUGGAUUUUUCUAUACUUUUGAUCAAACUGUUGUAAUGUUUCAGUCAUGAAGAUUACAUAUUUAUAUUAAAAAGCAGAUGUUGGACAUCUUAUUUGUACAUAAGUUAUCAGAAAUUUAUAUAGAUGAGAAACAUAUAUGUGGAACUAAACAUGGGAACACUUCUAAUGUAAAGUAAAUACCAUUGUUACUGUUUCUAUGCACUGUGGGAUUGGAAAUUUACUUAAUAUUUUUACUCCAGGCUUCUGUUUAUACCUCCAAGUUUUUACACUGAAUGCAAGCUAGAAGCUUCACAGUUUUGUUUUUUUCAAUACUGUCAUUGCUCUCUUACAGGCUGUUUGGAGAGUAUCAAUAAAACAUACUUUGUUCUGAAA